CCCCGCCCACAGGGGCGGACGCGAGAUUCCCCCGAAUUCAGAGCGAGAAAGAGGUUUGUCCCUUCUCGGCCACCGCUCCUUUCAACAUGGCUGCCUCCAGGGAAAGGCCAGAAAUAACGUGAGAACAGACUCUAAAUCCCACCACAUGGAUCGCGACGCAGAGUUCAGGAGAUGGAAGUCGCAGUGUCUGAGUAAAGUGGACCUCAGUCGGAAGGGCAGUUUGGACGAGGACAUUGUAGAGCUUGUGCAGGUCUUGAACCGGCAAGAACAGUUUUUCACCACCAGCUCCUGCUCUGGCCGCAUCGUGCUUCUGGAUGGGGGUAUAAAUGGCUUUGAGGUUCAGAAACAAAACUGUUGCUGGCUACUGGUUACACACAAACCUUGUAUAAAAGAAGAUGUGAUCGCAGCUCUGAAGAAAGCGAGUGGGGAUGCCAUUUUGAAAUUUGAACCAUUUGUUCUUCAUGUGCAGUGUCAACAGUUACAGGAUGCACAAAUUCUGCAUUCGGUGGCAAUGGAUUCUGGUUUCAGGAAUUCAGGCAUAACAGUGGGAAAGAAAGGAAAGACUAUGUUGCCCUCUGACAGCCCCACUAAGAUGCAGGAUAAUAUGAAUGAAGAAACAGACCUAGUGAGGUUUUACAGCUGCCUACAAUACACUUUGGAAAGAGAAAUUACUCACUCAUAUCCCAAAGAGAAAAAUACCUCAUCGUAUAUUCGCAAGAAAAAAAGAAACCCAGAAAAAGCACAUGGCAAAUGUAUUACAGAAAAACAUGAUAAAGAACUUGAAAAUGAUGAUGAUGAUUAUCCAGACCUCAGUAGUACAAUCUUCUCUGCAGAUUGUAAUAUUUGAGUCUGAUGUGCCUUGAUAUAGAAUGUUUUAACAGUUAUUAUAAAACUGCUCUUUGUAAGAGUAUUUUAGUCUCUUGUGCAAAUCAAACAUUCAAAAAAGCAAGACUUCUCUCUGUUUUUUAGAGAAACCUAUCUUAUAAACAUAUGGCUUUUUAAAAUGGCUGUAAUAUUUGCUCAUUAAAUA